ACGCUUUAGGAAAGUUCGGGAAUUUAUCGAUCAUCCCUAAGUCAUGUGUUUGCACUCAGCUCAAAGUGCCAGAGUUUGCUGUUCAUUUGCUGUUAAAGCGGUGAAUUGACCGGUGUCUUAUUUUCCCCUUAAACGAGUUAACAUAUAUCGGAUAAUGACUACUCACGAGUUCUUUGUGGAUAUGACAUGUGAGGGAUGCUCUGGUGCAGUGACUCGGGUCCUUAACAAAAUAGAUGUCAAGUUUAACAUUGAUCUUCCUAACAAGAAGGUCUUCAUCGAGUCGGACAAAGACACAGAAGUUCUGCUGGAAACCCUGAAGAAAACCGGCAAAACUGUCACGUACAUUGGUCCUAAAUAGACCAGAUGUUAAACAUUAACUGCCCAUAUGGAACAACAUGUAUUCCUGUCACCCUGUAUGCGUAAUCUCUGUCUCCAUUUCAUUAGUAUUUGUAACAUUUUGUUGGACUUCAUUUGCAUGUUAAAGUUUCACAUUUUCCAUAUUGUACUAAUGAAGGUAUGUAAUCAAAAUGUAACUUGGAAUAACUGAUUUACUAUUCUUCAGCAUUAAGGUCAGUCCAAUUCAGUCCAAUUCAUUUGUAAUGUUUACUUUGGGGACCGGCAGAAGCUGAGAAAAGCUGGUCAUAUGUGAAAUUAAUCAUAAGCUGAUUAACGGAAGUAUUAAUUUCUAAUGCAAAAUUGUCCUAUUGUAACUGCUCUAUAUAUUGGUGCAUUGUACCAGUUCAUUAUGUUGACAUACACUGCUACUGGAUUAUGUAAUAUUUGUGAAUUUAUGGCUUUUACAGGUUUUCACCCUUUGGCUCCUGCUAGUAGAACAUACAUUAUUACAUGUAACCUGAAAAUGUAUGUAAUAUAUUAAACAGCUAAAUGCAGAUAUUUUAGCAAAA